CACGUACACUCGGCGCGCGCUCGUCUGGUCCUCAUCAGUCUCGUGCACAGUCUGCACUGCGCGGAGCUGCUUCACUCUCCAGCUGGAAUACAUACACACUCUCUCUCAUCAAGAACAUCUACAGGCCCAUCAUCCCGGCAGCGAUGGACGCUCUGGCGUUCUGAUCCAGUGACAGGUGGUGUGUGUGAGUGUGUGAGCGCCCCCCGGUGGCAUGAGCGCGUGCGGGAGGAAGGCUCUGGCUCUGCUCAGCAGUGUGUUUGCGGUCUGCAGUCUGGGUCUGCUGGGCAUCGCUGUCAGCACUGACUACUGGCUCUAUCUGGAGGAGGGCGUCAUCAUGCCCCUCAACCAGAGCACUAACACACACCUGUCCAUACACUCCGGCCUCUGGAGAGUGUGUUUCCUGGCAGGUGAGGAGAGGGGCCGCUGCUUCACCAUUGAAUAUGUGAUGCCCAUGAAUGUUCAGCUGACCAGUGAGUCGACUGUCAACGUUCUGAAGAUGAUUCGUUCGGCCACGCCGUUCCCGCUGGUCAGUUUGUUCUUCAUGUUCAUCGGUUUUGUGCUCAACAAUAUCGGGCACAUCCGUCCCCACCGCACCAUACUGGCGUUUGUCUCUGGGAUCUUCUUCAUCCUGUCAGGGCUGUCUCUGGUGGUGGGUCUGGUUCUCUACAUCUCCAGCAUUAAUGACGAGAUGUUCAGCAGGACCAAGAGCAGUGAGGCGUAUUUCAGCUACAAGUACGGCUGGUCGUUUGCGUUCGCUGCCAUCUCGUUCCUGCUCACUGAGAGUGCAGGUGUGAUGUCGGUGUACCUGUUCAUGAAGCGCUACACGGCGGAGGAGAUCUACCAGCCCCACCCGAGCUUCUACCGGCCCCGGCUGAGCAACAGCUCUGAUUACUCGGGUCAGUUCCUCCACCCGGAGCCCUGGACCCGGGGCCGGAGCCCGUCAGACCUGUCCAGCGACGCCUCGCUCCAGAUGAACGCCAGCUACCCCGCGCUGCUCAAGUGUCCCGAGUACCAGCAGGUGUCCACCUCCUCGCCCUGCUGAGCUCGGGACGUCCAGACACGGCGUUCAGGUGUCAGCUAAAACUAUUUAGCCAAACCUAAAUGAUGCGUCGACGCCUUAGAAAACGGACUCACUUCGCCUACUUAUACUACACCCUAAUAGUAUGUACUCUUUUUGUGAAUAAAUAGUGCAUACUUUUGAGUGUGUAGCAGAAGAGUAGACAAGCUUUGAGACAAACUAUCCCGUCAUACGAUUGCGUUUAUAACACAGUAAACUGACCUGUCAAUCAUCUUGUCAAAGAUAAAAUCCUCCACAUUGAAUUUAAUUUCCUACAGUAUCGAAGCACAAUGAUCUUGGUAUUUCAUGAUGAUGUAUUUAAAAGUUAAUGGCCAAACCGAUCUUUAUAAAAGUCCACGUUGUUAUUCCAGAUGAAAUAUAACACGAAUAGCAGUAAAUAAAUAUAUUUUUAGUAGGAACAUUGAGACGCAGGGUGAGAGAGAGUGUGUGAUGGUCCAGCAGAGGGCAGUAUAGGAUUAUGAGAACACUUUACAAUUCAGGUUAACAUGAAUUUUAGUAUAUGAACAAUUCUUCUUCAACAUUAAUUAAUCGUUUACAUGAUUAAAAAAUCAAAGGUCGUGUUUGUUAGCAUUAGUUAAUGCACUGUGAACUAACAUGAACAAACAAUGAAUAGCUUUAACAUUAACAAGGAUUAAUAAAUACUGAAACAAAUGUAUUGUUCAUUGUUAGUUCAUGUUAGUUAUGUCAUCAUCUAAUGACCCGUAUUGUAAAGUGUUCCCAGUAUUAUUCUCUGGAGUGAUUCACACACUGCUUAUUAUAAUCAUCAAGGUUUAACGUACAACUGGGUGUCUGUCCAUGUAAAUAUUUAUGGUGCUUAAUUAUACGAAUAUGAAUUGUAGCCAUUAUGGAUCACUAGCCUUCUAGUACGUCAAUCUGCUUUGAAGAAGAGUCUGAUAUUUGUGUAAUUUGCGUGUAUAUGUAAUGCAAUAUAAUAUCUUAUCAUAUCAAAUUGUUUUCUUAUAAAGGUUGUUGUAACUAAAUAAGUGCAGAAAUCGUCUUGGUAUCUAUUGAAGACAGCAAAUAUAGAUGAACAAAUGUAUCUUGAAUUUCAUAAAUGUGUUAACGGAUAAAAUCUGUACCUGCAUAAUCCUUGUUUAUUAAAUUUGCAGUCGCCACACUCAAAACCAACGUCAUGAGCUGCAUAUCAUGAGGAUAUAUACAUAUAUAUAUAUAUAUAUAUAUAUAUAUAUAUAUAUA